AUUAAUAGUAUCGGACCAUCGGUAGGACAUACAGAGGACACAUAUUUCUGGCUGUUUUGUUAACACAUUGGACAGUAUAUUUGUUAUACACUUGUGUGAACUGUUAAUUUUAUUGCAUACAUUAAAACAGGAAAAGAGUUAUUUAAAUGUGGGGCAUAUUGAUUUGCUUUAAACAAACUUUUACUCUAUUAUAUUGGAAAAAGAAUGGAUAGUAACACGGAUUGGUAAUUUUAGGGUAUCUAAUCGAGGAACGCUAACAAUUGUUGUUUGACCACGGGAAGAAAAACAAGAAUUAGCUAAAAAUAUUUUGAAAAAAAAACAACACACACACACACAUAAAAAGAUGCCGAUUGAUAUUUACGACAAAGAGUUCCAAAACUGGCUAAAAGGUGUAUUUGGACUUAACACAACACGAAAUGCUUUGUGUGAGCAUAUUUUUGACAAACUUGAUGAGGACUUGAAAGAUAUCCCACCCUCAGAAUUAAAACAAUUUUUCAUAUGCUUAAACUUAAAUGGCAUUUCUCGAUUAAGAACACAAAGAAAAGGCGGUAAACAAUGGGGUUGUAGCCAUGACAAAUGCAAAAUACUUAUGGAACGUUUCGUUAAUAAUCAUGAGCAGAAAAACGUUUUAAAGUUAAAGUGGAAAGAAACAACUUUAAGUGAAAGCAUUGGAAAACUCAAUCCAGAAAAUCAAGCAGAAGAUUUCAAUUGGAAAGUUAUGAAACUAUACAUGCACCUAGACAAAGACGAAGCUAUAGAGAACUACACAAGUUUAAAAUGCCUUGAUAUAUCUCGAGUUAUCAAAACCAUGAGAAGUUGUAAAUUAUUUUUUCCAGAUGGCUCACUUGAACCUUAUGAUAAGGUUUUGGAAUCAAGAAAUAAGCUGAUGCACUCGCCUGACAACAUAAUGAAAGAAGAGGAAACUCAAGAAAUUAUUAAAUGGUCGAGGGUUCUUUUGGGUAGCCUAGAUAUAACCGAAAAAACAUAUUAUAAGGAUGCCAUAGCAGAAUUGGAAGACAUUGAAAAGAAAGACUUUGUUAUAAAGUACCAAUCUGAAGAAAGUAAAAAAAUCAUAGCCAAGGUGUUAGAGGCGAAAAUUGUUGCCGAUGAACUACAUAAAAGUAUUGACGAUGACGAUCAAAGGCGCACGAGUAAACGUUUACAAGAUAUGCUUAAAGAUAUUGGAGGUUUCGGGGUGACAGCAAAUAAAGGAUUGGAAUAUAAGCCAGCUGAUUAUAAGUCAAUCGUUAAGACAACAAUUGAACAGAAAAGUUUAACGAUAGAACAGGAUCAAGCAGAGUGUGAUGAAAAAAGCGACGACUAUAAAGAAUUGGAAGCCCUUAAGCAAAAUACAGAACAAACUCUUCAAGAAGUUGAAGAAGUUAUAAAUAGGCCGGAGCCUGAAGAAAUGGUAGACAAAAUUGACAGUUUGAACAAAGAACUGGAAAGUAAAAAAUCAGAGGAAACUCGAUUGAAGACAGAGUCAGCUAAAACAAUAGAAAACCUCCAUAAUAAAGUGAAAUCCUUAGAAAAAGAAAAGAAAGUAAUAGAAAAUAAGGUUCAACAAUAUAAAAAGGAAAAUGAAAUUCUGAAAGAAUACACAAGCAUGCAUGAAGAAAGUUUACAUCAAGGUGAGGCACAUCAGUUUCUACAAACGAUUAAUACUAUGUCAGACGAUAUUGCAAAUGAAAGGGGUGGAAACGUUUCACAUCAAAAUCAGAUUAAAGUCGACAAAUAUAAAAAGGAGAAUGAAACUCCGAAAGAAAACACAAGCAUGCAUGAUGAAAGUUGUAAUAUGUUUUACCUUAGUUAUAUAGCAGAUAUGGCUGGAAAGGCGUAUGAAGAAGUUCAAAAAAUCGAUAGGAAAUAA